UUAAUGCUUGUUAUCAACAAUUAUGAACCUGUGCACACGUCAUAUCCGUCGUGUUUAUUUAUGUUUAAACUGCCUCUAUUAUGAUGCCGCGUUCCAUCGAAUCAUUUUAAAUCCAAACACAACACUGAGCUGAACGGAGCAACAUUGAAUAUCUGCACUAAAAUAAAGAGAUUUUAGAAGAAAACUCCAUGGAUUUCCGCGCUCCUCCCGACCAAACUCAGUCAGCUCACGGCUCCUUCAUCUCCCAGUCUGAGUCUGCUGUUCCUGCACCAGCUCGGAAGCCGCUGACUAUCUACAUGUUGGAGUCAGCUGAUCUGGACGAACAGAUCAGGAUGCUGUAUGAGUACAUCUUUCCCCUAGUGGAGAAAAUCCACCCGACUGGGGCCAAACACAUAACCAGGUUGGUUAUCGAAGGAGAGAACAACUACGACCUGGUCAACUUGAUUGCAGAGCCCAACCGUCUGCGUGCCCAUGUCGAGCAGAUUGCUGCUGUGCUUCGGGCGAGGGAAGCUGGCCAGGACGUGCAUUUUCCUUCACUCAAGAAGAAGAAGAAGAGGACGAGGAGAAAGAAGAACAUCUAAUAUUUUCAAUAAACUGUAUAUAUUGUAAAUAUUGUAUAU